GCGCGGCCGGAGCCAACGCCGGCCCCCGGCGGGCGCGCUCGGAGCGGUGGCUGGGAGCCGGGCUGGGGUGCCGAGAGGUCCCGCGGGCGCGGGCGGCGCAGAUAUCUCUCUGGAUACAGUGGAAGGAAUCGUAUCUUUUCCUGGGUUCCCUGACAUUUGCUUUCCAUUCCCUGGGAACGUCCUGGGAGGCGUGCCUGCCUCUUCAGUGGAAACCCCUAGGCGAAUGUUGGGAGAGGCAGCCUGGCCCAGCUCGGUGGCUCUCUGUUCCUGAUCCAUUGCUGACGUGGGCAGAGGCCCUCACACCCACCAACUGGCAGAGAGAGAGAGACAGCGAGAGCAGGAACACAAGCAGGGGGAGUUGGAGAAGGAGAAGCAGGCCUCCCACCACCGAGCAGGGAGCCCGAGCCAAAGGCAGACACCCAGAGACUGAGCCACCCAGGCUGGUUACCUUGUGUGGGCAGAGACCUCUUCACGGUCAGUCGAGAGAGGAGUCUGACCGCCGCGUUCUCUCCGGAGCUUUUCAGAGAACUUUUAUUCUGCUUCCUCUAGAACCUACUGGCAGCUUCUUGCACCAGAUAUGUGAGUCUGGGAUUUUCCCACAGCCAAGGUCAGAAUGCUGCCCCUACAUCAUGCUCUGGCUGUCGCUGCUGUCCAGGUCUUCAUCUUGUCAGAAAACUGGGCAUUGGGCAAGAACAUCAACUUCUACAACGUGAGGCCUCCUCUGGACCCUACGCCAUUUCCAAACAGCUUCAAGUGUUUUACUUGUGAAAAUGCAGGAGAUAAUUAUAACUGCAAUCGAUGGGCAGAAGACAAAUGGUGUCCACAAAAUACACAGUACUGUCUGACAGUUCACCACUUCACCAGUCAUGGAAGAAGCACAUCCAUCACCAAAAAAUGUGCCUCCAGAAGUGAAUGUCAUUUUGUUGGCUGCCACCACAGCCGAGAUUCUGAACAUACGGAGUGCAGGUCCUGCUGUGAAGGCAUGAUCUGUAACGUAGAGUUACCCACCAACCACACGAAUGCGGUCUUCACUGUGAUGCACGCGCAGAGGACAUCCGGCAGCGGCGCCCCCACGCCUUCCUUACCCGCGCUUGCCUGGGUCUCUGUGCUUCUGCUGAUGCAAAGCCACUGUUCCUAGGAGAGCAGAAACCGCCUCCUGAAGCACAGGCCAAAAACUGUGUGAACUCCGAACAUUUGAGUGAAGACCAGUUUCGCACUGGAAGACUGCAGCUUGGACCCCGAAGCGGAAGCCAGUUGUUUGCUGGGCUAGAGCACUCCUGCAUCAGGCCCCGGGAUCGAGGAAGGGGACGUGGCAGGAACUGAGGAGAUCAUCUGGCUUCCCAGCUUCCGGGCCAGAGGGGCUGCAUUUUGUCACUUGUGGCGGGAGGAGCCUGCCAGCAUCUGUGAUGGGUGGGUGGCGAUAAGCCUGUGCUGCUCCUGCCUGCCCAGGCUGUUAGCUGAAGGGAUUCAUCAACCCCAAGACUCUUGUAAGCUGCUGGGCCAGACCGUCUCCUGACUGUGCAUGAUGAGCUCAGAGUGUCUCUAUGAAAUCUCAUCCUUCCCCUGUGAGAAUGCAGUUUUCCCACCAAUGAUGUAGUCAAUGAGAAAGGCAACUAGCUAUAGGAAGAAGACUUCUAGUUGAACCAAUAAGAAACCCAUUUGCUCGUGUUGGGGGGAAAAUAAAAGCUUUUAAAUUAUACAA